AUGAGCAAUAAAGAAUUGGAGUGGUUUGAUAUUGAAACAAGAUUAAGAAAAGUCGUGAUGGAAAUGCUUGAGCCAACUCUCCAAAAGCUGAGCAAUGACAGAGAAGCUGUCGGAAAAGUCAAGCGAAAAAUGACUAGAGCCAAAAAACGAUUAGAUUACGUUGAGUCACUUUUAGGCCUCGGAUCCAAAAAAUCUGGCUGAAUGGAAGAUGUAGAGAAAAAAAUCCAAGAUUCUGCUGUUGAUUUUUACACUUUUAAAUCAAGCUCAAGUCAGCAGAUGAAAAAUUUCAUUGAUUUUACAGACACAACUCAGCUUAACUUUUCCAAUAUAAGAAGUACUAUAGAUGGAAUCCAGCAAAGGCUUCUGGCUAAAGAUAUUGAAAUCAGCAGUCUGCAUGAGUCUUUAAACAACAAUAAAAAUGCAACGAUGGACUAUUUUGGUAACCUAAAAGAAGAUUUAACGAAAACUUACAAUGAAAUGAUGCAAGCGGCAAAUAGUGCUGGGAAGAUUGCAGACGAGUCUUUAAGAAAGUGCAUCCAGGUAAGUACACGGCAAAGAGAAAUAGAAACUUCAAUUGAAAAAAACUUGGUUUUGAUCAAAGAUUUAGUGCAUCAAAUCAAUAAAGUCAACCAAGAAAAAGCUACAAUUUUAGAUCUGCAAACAGAAACAAGCAACUUGCAAAAACUGCUGGAUCAAAUAAGUUUAAGAUCAGGACUUAUAGAAGUGAGUGUGACUGAGAUUAUAUAUUAGUUUACUAUGAACAGCCCGCUAAAAAGCAUUUUCUGGCUAAUAAAAAGUAGCUCUUGUGCUAUUUAUUGUAAACUAGUAUACGAUAUUUUGACACAUAUUUGCCUAUUGAUAUCCAGGUGUCCAUUUCUGAUAAUCUUUAUUCAUAUUUAGACUCCCGCCAGCUUCGAAAAUACUGGAGAUUUGAAGAUGAGCGUAGGAGAUUCUUGCAAAACAAAACCACUGAUUUCCAAAACUCAUGCGAUUUGCAAGCUCUCAUGAAAAGAUCUGUUGAGUACGGACAUCGGGCAGAAAAGAGAGCAGAUGACCUUAGAAAUGAAAUUAUCCGGGGCAGAGGAGACCUAAAGCAGCUGAAUUCACCUGCCCCUUCUUCUAGAGGAUCAUCUAAUUUUAGAAAUUACGAUCAAAAGCCACAAACCCAAGACAGCCCCAUAAGAAGACAAAUUUCUAUGAUAGAAGAAGAGUCUGAUGAGGAGAUCGCCUUAACUCGUGGAGGCCUCAAUGAAUUGAAGAAAAGUAUAGGCGAAAUUGAAAAGUUAAAAGAAAAACUGAUGGAAAUAAAAGAAAAAGAAUUUAAAGUCAGAGAAGAUAUGAGAGCUGGGGAUGAUCAAAAUAAAAUCUAUCUAGACAUUCUUCAUAAUUCUAUUGAGGAGACAGAAAGGAAGAGAAAAGAUGACAGGACUUUGUUUGAUACUGAAAUUGCAACGUUGAAAAAUGAACUGGAGUCAUCAGUUUCUAAAAACCAAGCCUGAGAUGUGACAAUCAAAAAUAUGAGUGACUUGUCUGCUGCUUUGGUCGAGUUCGAUUUGAUUUCUCAGGCUUUGAUGAGCCAAGAUGAAGAAGAUAAGGGAUCUCCAAACACCACGCAAGCAUCAAAAGACAACUUCCUCCAAAUAUUGCCUAAUAUAACAACUCCUAGGAGAAAUAAUGCGAAUACUGCUGAAAAUCCAAGCCAAAAUAACUCGAUUCAGUCAUUGAAGAUCAAUAACUUACCAUCAGGUGUGCCUGUUUUGAAAUAUAGAAAUAAGAUAUAUACGAGAUCAGAGUUAAUUGAAAUUUUGGGUCAUAUAAUUCAUGAUGCUUGAGACACAGCUUCACUUAAGCCUCCAUAUAACAAUGAAAAUAAUCAUGCUACAACUAACUAUGCUCCAAGUACAGCUAUACCUAGAACAAGAUCAAAGCAUUUUAGAAUGCCUUCCGGGUCGUCCCGGGCUAAUGAUUCAUUUACUUCCAAAAGAAACUCAAAAAAGACUUUUCCUCAUAGCUUUAUUUUGUAA